AUGCCGAAAACGCCAACAAAAAGAAUUGAUUCACGAUUACACAGUGGUCUUCGUUUUGGUGGCUCAUUUAGGGCAAAUGUAACUAAGCCAAAGCCAUUCAGCUUCGAGGAAAAGGACAAAGCUAUUCGCGAGUCUCGCAGGCAGAUGAUGGAAGAAGAAAUUCAUCGUUCACGUAGACUUGCAAGUGCUUUCAGAGCGCGUCCUAUGCCUGAUCCAAAUUACGUCAGUAUCCCAGAUAUGCCACCGAUUCUUCCUCCAACUUUUCCUAAAACACCGAUUCUUGAGACACGCCGUCGUGCAUCAAGACGAGCCAGCUUUGAAAAGCAUCUCAAUGAACGUAGAGCUUCCGCUGAACGACAUAUGAAGGAAAUCGCAGAAGAGAAGGCCAAAGAGGAGGUACGUAGAAUUGCUUCAGAACGAAGAGCCCGGGAGUUUAAGGCAGCUCCAAUACGGAGAAUUAAGUUACGUUUACCUGACAUUGAGAAGAAACCAGUCACCCGAAGUAGAUCAGUGAGUUUUCGCACGGAUGCAAGGCUUGAAGCACGACAUACUAAAUUGAUGGCGAAACGUAAGGUGUGA